UUCUUUAUUUUCUAUCUCUAAAGCACACAGGCUAUGGUGGAAUGUAGGGCUUUGAGCAUGUUUGGAAAGUACAAUCACACUGAAUUAAAUCCUAGGGCUGGAACCCUAUUAAUCUUCUACAGAAUUACAGAGCAGCCUGGAUGAAGACACUCAGCUGAAAAGGUGGACAUCUCAAGACAGGCACUGGACAAUGGCUGAAGACUUGUCUGAAGACUGGAAAUAUUUUGAAAAUUCAGAGAGAAAAAAAAGGACCCUCUGACUACACCGUACUCUAAGGACAGUUUAUGCAGGUUAGGCAUGGCAUGAACUAUUGUCUCAUGUGACAGAUGUCAGCACAAAGUAUCCAAGGUAUUGUAUGCCAAUGGUAGCAUCAACAGAACAAAGCACACAGUGUCAUGAAGACAUAAAUUAUGAGUUUGUGUAGCAAGACCCAGGCCUCUUCCAGGUUCUUAGAUAGUAACUGAGAACCUCAAAUACGGUAGUGAUGUGAUAGUGUGGGGGUGAAUCUAGUUACAACUAGCUUCUAUUGUGACACAGAUGACUCUUUUUGUGUCAUGGUCAGCUUAUAAUGAAUGACUAGACCUAAGCAUGAGAAUAACCAAAUACUACAUUGCUUCUCUAGCUGCUGAGCUUUUAAAAGCCCUGGGGUGACAGCAAGCUUUUGUGGACAUACUGGAUUGGUCCUUGUGUACUUUAACUCUCUGAGUCACCUCCACUCUCAGUAAGUUAGUUCAAUUCCAUAAAUUGGAAAUCAGUCACCUGGAAAAAAUACAUUCUCAAUAUGAUCCCAGAUUGGCCAUGGAAAAAGGGUAGCUUGAACUGUCCCACCUAGGUUCUGGGCCUGCACAGGCCUGCUCUCCAACAGAAACCUGUGUUCACAGCUGCAGGCUGCAUUCACUAUGGGUGUCCUUGAGGUUCUUCCCUAAACUGCCUAGAUUAAAAUAAUUUUCAUGCUAACAAUCAAAAAACUCAUUAUGCCAAUCUGGCCAACAGGAAGCUAAUUUCUAUUCUGUAUUUUGUCAGAUGUGCAGAAUACAUAUGGUCAUCAUUGAUAAUAGGUGAAAGAUCUGCUCUAAUAUGGACACUAAGUGGUACUGGAGGAUGAUCCUGACCCACAAUGAGGAGUGGGAACACCAGAGCCCUGUAGGGAUGGCUGGCAAGCUAACACAUUGAGCAUGCACAGCUCAGUAAAUUUCCUGUGAAUACUCAUCUCCUGAGAUCUCUCUAUUUGAUUGGAGGUGAUCCUGUCCACCUAAUACAGUACAUGAUGUGGAAGGACAAAAGCACCUGCAGGAGCUGUGGUGAUGACUCACAGGAUAGAGCAUCUGCUACUCUCUCAGAAGAACCACAUGGACCCUAACAAUUGGGUGCUUCCCACACAAGAAGUCACAUGACCACAGAGUGUCAUUUGUCAAAGAACCAAGAACUUGUUCAAAACUCUACAGAGCAUCCAAUCUAUCACGUGGAUAUGCAAUAAUGAGAGGCCCGCAGACAGACGUCAUCCCCUGAAAAUGUCCUAAACAAGGUGCAGGCCAACGAGGAAGAGGAGAGGCUGAAUAGAGAACUGGAGCUAACUACCAAGGAGAGAAAUGAGCUGACAGAUCGCCUCCUUUAUGUGACAGGGGGAUCCAUGAGUAAGAGCCCCUACUUCAGGCCAAAUCCAUUUUAUGAAAACUUGAAGAUAAAGGAGAAAGAGGUCAUGUCAUUACUGCACAACUUAGACACAAAGAAUAUUGAACAUCGUGAGAAAUUUCAGGAGCUCAAGAAGGAGAUUAACUUCUAUCGCAACCUGCACAGCCGGCUCCUGAUGGACCAGGCAUGUAUGAAGAAGAAGUUGGUCACAUUGAAGCAGGAGAGCAAGGAGGUACAGCGAUAUUUGUUUGAGUUGAACCCGAAUGAUGAAGACGAACAGGAGAAGACCAGCAACCUCCAGACCCAGCAAAAUGUGGUCUCAGGAACUGCAGGAGACAUGGCAUAGCAUGGAUCCCAGGAAGACAGCCCCCUGAGGAAUGAGUUUCUCUCUCAAGAGUUCCCUGUGACGACAAUCCUCACAGUCAAAGACUUUUUGGGGGAAUAUUCUUCUUCUCAGAUAAUUUCCUCAAUGUAUAGAGACCCUAAAUUUAUGUAUCCGUAUGCCAGCCUAUCUCCUUGAGGUCUUUCUCCUUUCUCAUACCGACAACACCAUUUGAGAGACAACUGAGGGGACUACCUUGACAUCUCACGUCCUAGAGGAGAAACAGCACUACAACUGUGUUUCUAAAUGUUCAUUAAGAAAAUGCUGUUAAGAAAUGUUUUUGGUUAUGAUUUUCAUUGAAGUUUUCUUUUUGUUAUUUCAUAGUUAUAUAUUCUUGUUACUGUUUUUCAUUUUUAUACCAUUUUAGUUGUUCAUUUUAUGCCUGUUUUUUGUUAAAUGUAUUCCUUAUGAAUAAAAAUUGAUUUGUAACUCUUGACUCUUAAGACCAUCUUAUUCAAGGGUCCUUUCCCCUCCUGUAGACUUAGAACUGACAGCUAUAUAUAUAGAACUUUACAUGGUCCAGUGAAUUCAAAGCCACCAAGGGGUACACAGUGUGAUAGUGUCUUUUGUGUGGAUAAUGUGACUUUUUUUAUGGACACACACUUUAUGAUGUAAUCACUGCCAUACUGCAUCCAUGCUGUCAUGUCUUCUGCUCAUCCUAGUCUAUAUCAGUCUACAACACACAUUCCUUAUUGACUGUGUGCACCAGAUAUUGAGUAACACACACUCAUGCCUGUAGAGCUGCAGAAAAAUGACAACUUUCACAAAGGAAUA